AUGUUUAGUAAGAAAAAGAAGAAACCUCAAAUAUCACAGCCCACCAAUUUUGAACACAGAGUUCAUACAGGCUAUGAUAAACAUGAAGGAAAAUAUGUAGGGCUUCCACUGCAAUGGGCUUCAAUUGUGGGCAAUAACCAGAUCUUAAAAUCAACCAACAGACCACUACCUCUAGUUGAUCCUUCCGAGAUUACACCAACUGAGAUAUUAGACCUGAAAACCAUUGUGAGGGGAGAUCACAAAAAUGAAAGCAAACAAGGUGUACCUCAAGUCAAACCUAACAAUGGUAUCAUGCUUCCUAAAACUUCCAAUGUUGCUAGAUCAAAUUCUCUUAGAUCUUCUAGUCCUCCUAGAUUAAGAAGAGACCAUAGGAACAAUACCAAUGUGCCUCCAUCAGUACCUGAGGAACAAAUUAUGCAGUAUACAUCUAUGCGGAGAGAUCCUAGUAUAAGCAAACCCCAAGUACGAGAUAAUUCUCCCGCUGAACGUUCCCUAAGCAAUCACGAAGUUCCAAAUUCUUAUCUAAAUGGUAACAUCCCCGAGCAAUACAUGGGCUAUCAUCCGCGCGAUCAUCCCCAGAUCUCGCCGGCCGGAUCCAUGAUGUCGUCGGGCCCUCCUCCCAUGGCUCCCAUUCCUCAUAUGGGUGCACACCCGAAUUCCAGCCACGGUGGUUCUCAUCAAAGCCUUCAGCAUGCAGGAUACCAUCCUGCACCAGCGAGACAUGACCAGAACCAAAAUUUGAAGAACGGCGUGCAACAGGCUCAACCUGCACAUGCACCCGCCAGCGCUACGGGGCAGGUUUCGUCCAGUAAACAUCAUGAACAAAGGUUGACACACGAACAGUUUCGGGCAGCUCUACAAAUGGUCGUGUCAUCGAAAGAUCCUCGGGAAAACCUUGAGAGAUUCAUCAAAAUUGGAGAAGGCUCUACUGGCACCGUAUGCAUUGCUCACGAUCGUACGACAGGCCGACAAGUUGCGGUGAAGAAAAUGGACUUGAGAAAACAACAACGACGAGAACUGUUAUUCAACGAGGUGGUCAUCAUGAGGGAUUACCAUCAUCCGAAUAUUGUGGAAAUGUUCGACAGUUAUUUGGUGAACGAUGAGUUGUGGGUAGUAAUGGAGUUUUUGGAAGUUUACUCAGUAACUCACUCUAUUACAGGUGGAGCUCUUACCGACAUCGUUACUCAUUCAAGAAUGGACGAAGAGCAAAUCGCAACGGUAUGCAAGCAGUGCCUUAAGGCUCUAGCUUACCUUCAUUCCCAAGGAGUUAUACACAGAGAUAUCAAGUCCGAUUCGAUAUUACUAGCCCUUGAUGGAAGGGUUAAAUUGUCCGAUUUCGGUUUUUGUGCGCAGGUUUCUCAAGAACUUCCGAAACGAAAAUCGCUGGUAGGAACUCCGUACUGGAUGUCUCCCGAAGUGAUUUCCAGAUUACCGUAUGGACCAGAAGUCGAUAUUUGGUCUCUAGGUAUUAUGGUCAUCGAAAUGGUAGACGGAGAACCGCCGUUAUUCAACGAACCUCCUUUACAAGCAAUGAGAAGGAUAAGGGAAAUGCCUCCACCGAAACUUAAAAAUGCUCACAAGGUAUCGCCAAGAUUGCAGUCAUUCUUGGACAGGAUGUUGGUCAGGGAUCCCGCUCAACGAGCAACUGCGCAAGAGCUAUUGGCGCAUCCGUUCUUACGACAAGCUGGACCUCCAGCCUUGCUUGUUCCCUUGAUGCGCGGCGUCAAAAACACGAGUUAUACUUAA